AUGGACUACAACAGCACCCGCAUGAGCCAGCAAUUCCGCUCCCAAAGCCAGCCCACUGGCGGCCGAGGGAAACAACAACAAAUUGACCCCGACGUCAUGAUGCGCCUGCCCGACCGAGAAAUCGUCGGAUGCAUCAGCGACAUCGGCGUCCAAUUCGCACUGGAGGACCUGCAGAAACCCAACCCGCAGCAGAUACAGAAGAUCUUCGAAUGGUUUGCGGAAUUGCUCAUGAAUACAACGCGGGAGACGGUGGAGCCGGCCAUGCGUGCUGCUGCGGAGGAGAUUUGCGGGGAACAUAUGGAGAUCGUGCCGCCGGAUACGAGGAAUUUGAUGGGCUUUUACGUGUCGCUACGGAAGUUGCUGGUCGAGUGCGGCAUUGCAGAUUUUUCCUUCAAUGACCUGCUCAAACCUACGCACGACCGCCUCGUCAAGAUCUUCUCCUACGUCAUCAACUUCGUCCGUUUCCGAGAGUCGCAGACCGCUACUAUCGACGAGCACUUCAACAAGGCCGAAAGAACCAAAUCCCGCAUUGAGACGCUCUAUCUUGAGAAUCAAGACAUGGAGUCACGGCUUGACGAGAUGAGGCGGGAGCGCAAGUCAAUGGAUCAACAGGUCAAGGAGAAAACGAAGCGCAACGACGAGCUGAAGCAGCGGCUGUUAGAGCUCAAGAAGGGCCAAGAGCGAGUGGCGGAGCGGUUGGAGAGAGUACGAGGCGAGAAGGGCAGGCUGACGGGCGUGCUGGAAGAGAAGACGGAGAGAUGUCUCGGCGUGAGGCAAGAGUCUGAGAAGCUACGACCAUACGUUUUACAGUCGCCGGCUGCUUUACAGGCGAAUCUGACGGAGCUGUCCGAGAACCUGGGACGGGACAGAUCACAGAUCGACUCGCUAGAGAAGCGAACAAGAGCCCUCCAGACCAGCACCGACACAUUCGGCGUAGUGACGAACGACGUCGUCUCUUGCACCAAGAUCCUGGAAGAAAUCUCAAACGAGCUGCACAAAGAAGACGAAGAAAACCUCAAAGCCGCCAAACGACGGGACGCCCUCUCGGAACGUGGCAACAACGUGCGAGAAGUCGAGCGAACGGAAGCGGUGCUGCAACGGCACUUGAAGAGAUGGCUGGAGCGAACGGAGACGGUGAGGAACGGGAGCCGGGAGAAGGCGCAGUCGGCGAAGGAGAAGAUGGAGGAGCUGAGGAGCGUACACCGCCGACUUACGGAGGAGAGGGUGGAUAAGGGACGGGAGAUGGAGAAGAGGAGGGUUAGGAUUGAGCAGACGGAGAAGAAGAUGGCCGACCUGAAAGAGAACAUCGAGGACGAGAUCCACUCGGCUCACGACCAGUAUCUGAAGAUGGACUCGCACGUCAAGCUUUACAUGAACGAGAUCGAACAUCUGAUGUAA